AUGUCUGGGCCCCGCCCUUCCGCCUUCUUUACAGGCUCUGAUGAAGACGAGCCUGAUAACGAUGUCACAAUGGACACGGAAGAACGGUCUAGCCUUCCCAAGCCGGGUCCACCUGUCAACGACCAAGCACUGUUCUUCGCUGACAGUGACGACGAGGAUGCUGGCGACGCGACACUACCCCAGGUAUCCUUCGCUGGAGAUGAUCUACUUGCCGCUGUAUCUGUGGAUGAGGCAGACGAUGUGUCGAUUCCAGACUUCAAUGACGCACCUAGGGCAUCCAGCCGCAGAUUGUCGUCCGAGCCUAAAGUGCCAUCACCAGCUGCUUUCACGUCUGUAUAUUUGGGUUCUUUCCUGGUGGCAAAUGCUUGGAGCACUGUCAGAGGCUCUGGCUAUGUGAAGGCUGGAGAUGAGAUACGUAUUGAACGAGACACUCCUGAGGACCCGACUCCGCCUGAAUCCAAGAGAACCAAAUCGAAGGACGUAAAGGGAAAGAGCGGCAAGAAGCAGCUCUCGAUCGCAACCAUGUUCAAGCCUCAACCUGCGAAACCUUCCAAGAAGAAGCAAGAUACCGUUGUACGCCUUACGAACACGAGAGGAUUUGAGUUUGGUAGGCUGCCUCAAGACGUCGCGUCUUGGGCAUCCAAGCUCUUGGACAUGGAUAUCGUGGAUUUCCGCGGAAGCACUGUUGUCGACUGUUCGACCACACUCCACUCCGGAGCUGAUAUCAUCGUGUCGCUUUCUGUCUACAUUAAAGCUUCGGCUUUCCAAGUUCUCCGCACUUCGUCUGAUGAGAAGGCCCGAGUCAUGUUCAACGAAGGCCAAGAAACAGCAUCUGAACAAAUGCUGCGCGAGCGAAAACACUCAUUGCUGAGUCUGUUUGACGUUCUUGACCUGAAACCGCGCAGAGGCAGCAGUUUCACUCGAAAGCCACACGGAGAGCUGGACGGGAAAGACCUCGAGGUUUUGACCCAGAGGCGGGCUUCUACUAACGAGAAAAAAGUCAUGAGAAAAGAAAUAGUAGGUGAUGGAGAAGAAGUAGAAGUGGAAGCGGAUGGCGAGGACCUAUCGGAGAAUGAGCUGAGUCUCAUCUAUAAAAGAGCGCAGGAGAACGACCAGAAGCUUGGUGAAAUGGAUCCAGCCAACAGUUUUACGCUUAAUCUUCGGCCUUAUCAGAAGCAAGCAUUGCUGUGGAUGCAUUCUAUUGAGACGGGUGCCACAUCUGCAAGAGAAGGGAGUUCAUUGCAUCCUCUCUGGAAGGAAUAUGUCUUUCCGUUGGAACCGAAGGACGGCAUCAUCGACCUGACUGCCGAUGAGAAAGCUUUUUACUUCAAUGAAUACUCCGGUGAACUGAGCUUGGAAUUUCCGAAGGCGGAAAGAAAGUGUCGGAGUGGAAUCCUUGCUUGGAAGCUGACAUAUCCACUCGCAGUGGGCAUGGGAAAAACCAUUAUGCUUUCAGCUCUCAUUCAAACCGCGUGUGGUCCAGAAGAACCUACUCCCGAGCCCGACACAGGUCGAAUAUCCAAAAAGCGACAGUUAAAGCUGAACAAUGCAUUCCAGGCGACGAACAAAGUUGAAAAGCGUCCGCGAAGGGGUCCAUCGGCUACACUUAUUGUCGCGCCAACUUCUCUCCUCUCGCAAUGGUCCGAAGAGUUAGGGAGAUCGAGCAAGCCAGGGACACUCAAGGUGCUCGUGUGGCACAGCCAAAAUCGGAUAGAUCUCGACACAAUCCUUGACUGCGACGAUCCAGUCGAUGUCGUUAUCACGUCCUAUGGUACCUUAGUCUCAGAGCAUUCGAAGUCUGAAAAAUCAGGCGGUGGUGUGAUGCCACCCGUCUUUGAAACCGAAUGGCUACGGGUCAUCCUGGAUGAAGCGCAUCACUGCAAAUCUCGGCAGAGCAAAACUGCUCGCGCAGUAUAUGCAUUACGUGCUAGGCGGAGAUGGGCUGUUACAGGCACACCGAUCGUCAAUCGACUGGAAGACUUGUAUUCGCUGCUUAAAUUCCUUGAUUUUACACCUUGGUCAAACUAUACCUUCUUUCGUUCAUUUAUCACGCUACCGUUUCUGGCACGGGACCCCAAAGCUGUUGAAGUGGUCCAAAUCAUACUCGAGAGUGUCCUACUGAGGCGCACUAAGGAUAUGCGAGACACGGAUGGCAAGAAGAUUGUGGAACUCCCAUCAAAAGAGAUUGUUGUCGAGAGCCUUGAGUUCUCCCCCUUAGAACGGAAGAUCUAUGACUCAUUGUACUCGGAUGCAAAGAAGAACUUCGAACAAUUGAACGAGAAGGGGCUCAUCAGCCGGAACUACACACAUAUUCUAGCUAUGCUUAUGCGAUUGCGUCGAGCUGUCUUGCAUCCAAACCUAGUACUGACAACAGCAUCUGAUCUCAAGCAGCCGUCAGGCGAUGGCGAAGUGAACGUCCAAACUUUGAUUAAGCGCUUUGGUGAGGGUGACGACUCUGCGGGUGACAACAAGGUCUUCGCAGAGGGCGUACUCGCGAACUUGGACGAGGAAGAAGAGCGGGAAUGUCCCAUAUGCUUCGACGUAAUGGACACACCAACUAUCAUCCCUAACUGCAUGCAUCAAUGUUGCAAAGACUGCAUCGUUGCAUACAUCGAGACCUGCAGGGGAAAAGGUGAAGAUGGCAGGUGCCCCACUUGCGCGCGGGGGCCGGUGAAGGAGGGCGACCUUCUCGAGGUUGUACGGACUAAGCAGGAGCUUCCAGAGGAUGGUUCCGCUGCAGGACAGUCCUCACCUCCUACGAUUAUCCUUCGCCGGAACGACUUCCGCUCGUCGACCAAGUUGGAAGCGUUGCUGCAGAACCUACGUCACCUGAGAGAACAGGAUCCGUGCUUCAGAGCAGUCGUGUUCUCACAGUUCACCAGCUUUCUGGAUCUGAUACAGACUGUCUUGGAACGGGAACACCUACCUUGGUUUCGCUUCGAUGGCUCAAUGGAUAUAAAGAAGAGAAAUGAGGCGGUUUCUGAGUUCAAGGAACCCUCAAAGCAACCAAAGGUUCUGAUCGUGAGCUUGAAAGCUGGUGGUGUUGGUCUUAACCUCACAAAUGCCAAUCACGUAUUCAUGAUGGAUUGUUGGUGGAACGCAGCCACAGAAAAUCAAGCAAUUGAUCGAGUCCACCGAAUCGGACAAGAGAGACCAGUAUAUGUGAAACAUUUCAUCAUCUCCGGGACUAUCGAGGGACGUAUCCUACAAAUUCAGAAGAGGAAGGCCGCCAUUGUGAAGGAAGCCUUCCGCGGCAAGGGUGAAGGUGAUCCGGAGAGCGUAGAAAAUCUUCGAAUCAUGUUCGGCGACGAUUAAAUUCCGCGUUGCCAUGACGGCAUGGAUCAGGGGCCGACUCCCACGAGGGCGCCUCUGUCACGACAUUCAUAUAUGCUGUGUGAUCUGUACUGUAAAUAGCUAUCAGUUCGAGAGCACUGUC